CCUGGAAACGACUUGCACAGCCCCAUCCAUAGGCAACAAAAGGUCUCCCGGCCCCGUCUGCUUGCUGAAUUCUUCCUCAGCAACUCUUCCCGGCCCCCAUCAAUCAUGUUGGACUUUCGACCCGCCCUGGAUGUGGCUUUGCCAGCCGUAAGAACCCUGCCCGAAUGCGCAGAUUUCUAUGCCACCGUCGUCCCAUACAUACCGCAGCUGUACGAACUACCGCAGAAGAUACUGGAGAACUACAACAAUUGGGAAGCGCUCCAGUACAUUUAUCUCUCCACGAAUCCUCUCAUAACUGGUCUUGCCUUCGCCCUCUUUAUGACCCCAAUUGUCCUCAUCGUUUCGGAAAUAAACAGGAACUACUCUCAGGUAGAUAGGCUGUGGAGUAUUCUCCCAGUCAUUUACAACUGUCACUAUACCUUGUGGGCUCACCAAUCUGGUAUCCCGUCCCAGAAGCUGGAUCAUGUCAUGGCUGUCACUGUUCUUUGGGGGGCUCGCUUAACCUUCAACUACUGGCGCAAAGGCGGAUACUCGAUAGGAUCCGAGGACUAUAGAUGGAACAUUGUAAAGGACUUUGUGGGACCGUAUGUCAUGUUUGUUUUCAACAUCAUCUUCAUUUCCCUAUCGCAAAACAUCCUCCUCUUCCUGGUCACAGCCCCUACAUACGUUCUCCUCCUCUGCUCGCGCGUAUCGGGUAACUCGCUUUCCACCAAUGACUCCGUAUUCUCCAAACUUAUUUUCCUUGCCAUCAUCGUCGAAUUCUACGCCGACCAGCAGCAAUGGAACUUCCACCAAGCUAAAGAGUUCUAUAAGCGCACCGCCAAGGUCCCCAAGAACUUCAGUUAUACACGCGAGCAGCUCGAUCGCGGCUUCAACACGAGUGGACUAUGGUCAUACUCGCGCCACCCCAACUUCGCCGCUGAGCAGGGCGUUUGGGUGCUGUUAUACCAGUGGUGCUGCCUCGAAAGCUUCACGUGGAUGAAUUGGUGCUUCUCUGCCGCCUUCUCGUACCUCAUCCUCUUCCAGGCCAGCACGUGGUUAACCGAGAAGCUGAGCGCGCAAAAAUACCCCGAGUACAAAGUUUAUCAGAAGAAGGUCGGCAAGUUCUUGCCCAAGGCAAACACCCAGAGCAUGGAUGAGGCGACCUCGAAGUCUGCGGCCAACGGCAAAGCGACGGAGACGGCUAAAUCUUCCAAUCCUACUAGCACAGGAAAGGCGGGCGGUAAAGCAAAAAAGAGAAGAUGAUGGGCGGCUCCUUGAGGCUAUCGACACGUUCGUGAUAGCUCUGCAAUGGUGCACUGGUGCUGCACAAGUGUCUCACAUGAGAUCGCCAGGAUUGGGUGAACAUGUCGACAUUCUGCCGGUGGCCUGUCUGAGCACCU